UGUGAGGCGGCAUAGUGCACUCAGUUCGUCUGAUAGCUCAGAAAAAGCCCAGAAAAUGCAGGGGCACCGAUUUGUUAUGAAUAAAAUAUCCUUUUUAGCCUUCCUAGAGUCGUAAAGCCUGAGAAAAAACCCACUGAACUGUGCUUUUAGUCGAAAAGCUGAGCAAAGAUGCGAUAAAAACGUUCUGGUUCAGAAAGCAAGACGGACCGCCACAAAUAACCUCGUUCUGGAUGAUAUAAAACAUAAUUUAAUACUUUUUUGACCGGUUGGCACAGACGUAGGCUCCACAAUGGUGCAGAAAUAUCAAUCCCCUGUACGCGUGUACAAACACCCCUUUGAACUGGUCAUGGCGGCCUAUGAGAGAAGGUUCCCUACAUGUCAUCUCAUCCCCAUGUUUGUGGCCAGCGAUGUAAUUAGCGAGGAGAAGAGUGAUGACAAUUCCACGCACAAGAUCGAGAGGAGGUGCAAGCUGGAUGUUGAUGCCCCGCGCCUUCUGAAAAGGAUUGCUGGGGUGGACUACGUGUACUUUAUCCAGAAGAACUCUCUUAACCGCCGUGAGAGAACCUUACACAUCGAGUCCCACAAUGAAACCUUCUCCAACAGAGUCAUCAUCCACGAGCUCUGCUGCUACUCGGUGCACCCGGAGAAUGAGGACUGGACGUGUUUUGAGCAGUCGGCUAGCCUGGACAUCAAAUCGUUCUUCGGCUUUGAGAGUACUGUGGAGAAGAUUGCCAUGAAGCAGUACGCCAACAGCAUCAAAAAGGGUAAAGAGAUCAUUGAGUAUUACCUGCGGGAGCUGGAGGAGGAGGGUAUUACCCAUGUGCCCCGGUGGAGUGCCAGUCCUGCCUCGCCCGUCAAAGCUGUUUUGCCCGUCAGUCGCCCUGUGCCGCCCACCACGCCCGCUAUCACUAUUGUACCGCCUGCAGAGAGCUCUAAAGAGACUCUGGGGGUCAAAGAGAGCAGCAGCAGUCCGGUGGGCAGCCCCAGUGAGGCGCUUUCCGCUACGCCCGACGACAAACUGGACGCCGACUAUAUCAACCGUUACCUGGGCGAUCUCACACCCUUCCAGGAGAGCUGCCUCAUACGGCUGCGCAGCUGGCUGCAGGAAACGCAUAAGGGCAAGAUCCCGAAGGACCAGCACAUCUUGCGGUUUCUGCGUGCACGAGACUUCAACAUGGACAAGGCGCGGGAGAUCUUGUGCCAGUCCCUAACCUGGAGAAAACAGCACCAAGUGGAUUACCUGCUGGACACCUGGACCUCACCACAGGUGCUCCACGACUACUACACUGGCGGCUGGCACCACCAUGACAGAGACGGCCGUCCUCUGUAUAUUCUGCGUCUGGGGCAGAUGGACACAAAGGGCCUGGUGCGUGCUCUGGGGGAGGAGUCGCUUCUCCGACAUGUGCUGUCCAUCAACGAGGAGGGCUUAAGAAGAUGUGAGGAGAACACCAAGGUUUUUGGACGGCCAAUCAGUUGUUGGACGUGUCUGGUGGAUCUGGAGGGGUUGAAUAUGAGGCAUCUGUGGCGUCCAGGUGUGAAGGCUUUGCUGAGAAUCAUUGAGGUUGUGGAAGCAAAUUAUCCUGAAACUCUUGGCCGUCUCCUCAUCCUGCGUGCGCCCAGAGUUUUCCCUGUGCUCUGGACUCUGGUGAGUCCUUUCAUUGAUGAAAACACACGUAAGAAGUUCCUGAUCUACGCUGGAAACGACUACCAGGGUCCCGGUGGCCUGGUUGAUUACAUCGACAAAGAGAUCAUCCCCGACUUCCUGGGCGGAGAGUGCAUGUGUGAGGUUCCUGAGGGCGGAUUGGUGCCAAAGUCUCUGUACCGAACACCAGAGGAGCUGGAGAAUGAUGACAUCAGACUGUGGACCGAGACCAUCUACCAGAGUGCCAGUGUCUUUAAAGGAGCUCCACACGAGCUGUUGAUUGAGAUCAUCGAUGCCUCCUCAGUCAUCACGUGGGAUUUCGACGUGUGUAAAGGCGACGUGGUCUUCAAUAUCUAUCACUCUAAGAGAGCACCACAGCCGCCUAAGAAGGACCCGCUGGCCGCUCACGGCAUCACAUCGCCCGGAGGCAACAACGUGCAGCUGAUCGACAAGUCGUGGCAGUUGGGGCAGGAUUACAGCAUGGUGGAGUCACCCCUCACCUGCAAGGAGGGUGAGAGCGUUCAGGGUUCUCACGUCACCCGUUGGCCUGGUUUCUAUAUCCUUCAGUGGAAGUUUCACUCCAUGCCUGCGUGUGCCACCACUAACCUGCCACGUGUGGAUGACGUGUUGGCCACGCUGCAAGUGUCUUCUCACAAAUGUAAAGUCAUGUACUACACUGAGGUUCUGGGCUCCGAGGACUUCAGAACUGCUUGCUGCGAUGUGCAGAGUUUGGGCUCCAUGACGAGUCUGGAGUCGAGCCACAGCGGCUUCUCUCAGCUCAGUGCCGCCACAACUUCCUCCAGCCAAUCGCAGUCCAGCUCUAUGAUCUCAAGGUAGAUCCUUGCAGAGCAGUUUGGUUGAGGAACGUUCUGCAGCGUUCUGUCAGAAGAGCAGGACUCGACUGUCAAAUCAGCCCAAAGUUUGUUCCAACCUCUCCACCAUGACCCCUCCAACCCUUUUCCAGUGAGGACCUCCUGAAGCAUGCUUGCACAACGGAAGAUCAGAGAGAAAAACAAAGAAAGAAAAAUGCAUAUUUCAAAGCAACAUGGGGUUGUCAGUUGUACAAAAGGGCUUGGAUCUGUGUUGCCAUAGCGCUCUGCUGGGCUGCAGGUCAGUUCACGGGCAAGAUUUUUUUUGUUUUGUUUCUUUUCCUUCCAGCUACAAGUUGGAGUGGUUUGCGAAACGCACCGCUGGUGGACUGAGCAAUACGAGUGCUUUUGAAUGGAUGUGGAUUCAGAGAAAUGGAGAAACUGAAUGCGCUGUUACACAGAAAUAAGUGCACAAACACAGCACACAGAAUACUGUAUACGCUCAAUUAUGCCAUAUCACUGGGAGAACGUCCUUCUGGUGAAAUGUUUAUAGGUCAAAGCGCAGGUUUUUGAAACGAGGCAAGGUGUCCGCCCAAAGCAAUAACUUAGGAACAUUUCUACCGUUUGAAUUUGUAUUUAUCAUUGGACUACAUAGUUUGGAGACGAUUUUGGAGUCUUCUGGGUGCUAUGUGCUCUUUAGUGCUUAGCUGUAGUGUCUGGCUACUGAGUUUGGAGUCUAGACAUCCAGUGCUUGGGAACGCGGUAGAAGCUUGUGGUGAAAUGAAUAAUUAGCGCUGCUUCUAGUGGUUGUUAUGCGUGUUGCUUGAAUAGUUUUGAAUUGCGUGGAAAUGCCUUGAUUGUCAGAAUUGCUACUGAUCAGUUCCUAUGCAGUUAGCCAGUGGGCCUGAGGGUCAUUCUGUGUUUUAUAGGUCAGAGUUGUUUGUUGGAGUGAAGAAAAAAAUGAAUAUUAGAACAUAAAGUUACAAUCAGUACAGUUUUAAACAGUUUAAUUACAUGUAAAUGAUUAGUCAUGUUUAUAUCAAUACAGUAGAUCUUAACUGAAUGGAAAAUUCACAGACUCUAGUAAUACCCGUCCCCAAAUCUGAUGUCUGAAUUGGUUAAAGAUGCUGUAGCAUCUACUCUGUAUUUAUUCAGAAGGAUAAAUGUUCAAUCUGGCAACCUUAAAACUCCAGACAAACCAGUUUAUUUCUAAAAUGUACUGGUUGUACCUUUUUUUUUUUUUAACUGAUAGGUCAUGUCUUACAGUUUAUCAGGCUUUUCUAUAUUAACUCAGUUUUUUUUUGACAUGAAGACUUGAAGUGAGUAAGAGUUACAGUUUAGUGCAUUAUUACAGCAAAGGUCACAGUACUUUGAGGAGAUCAUGACCUCGCUACAGUUUAUGAAUGUUUCGUUAAACAGAGUUUUACUUGUCAGUUUGGUGUGUAGAUGUUUAGGCUUAACUCCUUUUCAUGAAAUACAAGGGCGGUAAAUAAAGUGAGAGGCUGGGGUUUAAGUUUUACAUUGAACCUUCACCUGGCCAGGUGCUUGAUGAGGUCACGAGCCAUGGUCGAAUGUCUGUUACAUCUAGUUAGGUCAGUAAUGGCUUUUCAACAGUAAAGGCACUCCUUAUCAAAGAGGGCACUGAAUGAGUUUUAUUAGAGUAGGCUCUUCAAACUGGCUGUUACACUCGAAUCAGAUUGUCCUUCUUGUUCAGUUUAACCAGGUCAGAUUGGUGUUUAACCACUUAAGAGCCUGUAUGUGGGUCUGUACCUCAAUUAACUACAUAACUUGCAUAUUAUUUUCACAGUAUUUACUAGGUCUGGGUUUAAAAUGUUUCAGGAUCGUUGUUUGGGAUGUGCAUUCCGACUAAAUUUGAUAUUCACAUAUACAGUUAACAACAGAGAAGGCAAAAAAACGCAUUUCAGAGGAAUUUAAUCACUUUUUUAGGUGACGGACCUAAACGAGUUUGAUAGUAGAAAUGGGUUCAAUUUUCACUAAGUAGUCAAAGAGCACUAACUUUAAUAACCUGUAUACGGAGUGCAGUUUGAACAGCCAAUCAGCAGUCUAGAUUUUGGUGCAAGCGUGCUCAUUGGCUCAUGGAUAUUACAACUGACUGCUUAGUGGGGGUGUAACGAUUCACAGAAUUCAGUACACACAAUUCUGAAAAAAUGCAGAAAGAGUGGCUGAAAUGUGCCUUAGGCUUAUGUUCAUCUAUUUUCAGUGUACGGAAGCAGUCAUUGUUAUAAAGAACAAUAUUUGAAACAGGCUGCGCAUCAUAGUGUCCUAAUCUAAUGCUUUAGGCACAAACUCAUAUAUUGGCCUAAAAACUAACACACUGGCCACAAAGUAGCAUUCUAGGCACAAUACAAUGACACAAUACAAGCCAAUAUGUUGUUGCAUCCCUACUAAAGUAUUGAAACUGUUUUGAAAUUUGCUCAGAAGUACUGAAGUAAUUCAGUCAGUACCGUAAAAAGACUGAAUUUGAUACCCAGCUCUAGUAUCUACUGAAUAUACUGUAAUUACUGUAUAAUACUUAUUAUAAUAAUUAAUGUUAAUAACUGAAUAGUAAGCCUGCAGUUUAAGGGGUUAAACAAGCUCUUGGCACAUGAACUGAACUGUACUAAAUAGGUCAUCGAUGUUUAAUGAAAAGAUCACAACAUAUUCAGAGCUGAAGGAUAAAAUCUGAGAGCAGAACAUGUUCUCUGGGUUCUGUCUGUUUUAAGAGAGAAAAUGUGGUGUGGCCUGAACUGAACUGUGGACUUUAAGGACUGACUGCAGUUUAAAAGUGAUCUUCAUAUUUUCCUGCUCAUCCUCUCACUUCCCAAACCUCUGGAGCACAGAUUCAACAACCAGAGGAUUUGAGGAGACUUUUCUGCCAUUCAAGCUGCCAUUCGAGUGCGAUUGUGAUAUCUGAUGGAGAUGUUUUUAUGACUUAGGGGAGGGGGGGGGGAAAGACUGUGAGACCUUUUUUUGCUUGUUGGUUCAAAAAGAAGAAACAAAAACUUAUCAGGUGAGCCACCAGUCAUUUACAUACAUUUAAUAGUGGAUGUGGAAAGGCCACAAUCUGGCCACCUGGAGCAACAGGCUGUAACAAGCUAGUUAACACACAAGUUUUCCACUUUGCGUUGAAAACUGUAGAAGAAAGUGUAGGCCCUCCAGGUCCAUCGCGUCAGGAUUUUGAACCGAUUUUCCACAAAGGGUUGUUUUAACGUCAAAAAUACACGAAAAUCCUCAAGCAAACGUUUGUGUUGCAAUAACCAUGAAAUGCUUUACUGUUUAACAAAAAAAAGAACAGAGGGCUGUGUGUUGUAUGUGUGAAGAUCAAGUCUGCUGUCCUGAAACAUCUCGCGUGUUUGAUUUCGAAACCUGCUCUGUACUAUGCUAACGUCAAGUCGUCGUUCUCGACACAGCAUGCUAACGCUAGAUGCUAACGCCGUGCUUGUGCGCACCUGUUCCUGUGUGACUAGACUCCCGGGUGUUGAGAUAUGCACACGUCCUUUCCUCAACAGUUUACAGUGAAUUUGAAACGGUAGACAAGGGCCUCUGCCAUGGCCUCCUUCCUCAACCACUCCUACAGAUUUAUGUCUCGUGUUCACCUCUGACUAGCGCGUUAGCACAAACGGAGUUCCGCGCACGCGACUGACCCACGUGUCCGUGAACGAGCGCCGACUCCAGUUUCCGCUGGCUCUGAAGUUCUCACGAACACCCAACAGGCCCAGCGAACAGGAGCACUGCUUGUUGGGUUGGUCCGUGUUGGACUGAUUUUACAGCACGGCUGCCAAAUAUCAGCUACGCAGUUUUCAUACCUCGCCGAAUGUUUGGUGUCUGAAAUGAGCUUUUUUUGUUUUGUACUGGAGGAGGUGCUCAUCCUCAUUCAGCUCAGCAAAUGGACUUUAAGUAAUUUAAGUAUAGCCUAUAGCGUCCAUUUAGCACUGUUACUUCUGUUAGAAACGCUUAUUAGCAUCUUAGUCCCAGUGCAAACAAGGCUAAUGUAGCUAACAAGUAGACUUGAUGGAAGUAACUGUGCUAAACUGAAGGUAAAGGCUUCCAUUGGUUAUGAGCUACAUUUGUUUUGCACUGGUGCUACAAUGCUAAAGAAGAGACCUUAGUGCUACAAGGCUAAUGUAGCUAACGAGUAGGCCUAUUGCAAAUAACAGUGAUGAACCGAAGGCUGUAGGCUUUCAUUACAUCUCAGCUACACUAGCACAGUAGCUCCUGUGUGGAACUAAAGAAACAGGAGUGCUAAAAGGGCUAGUGUAGCCAAAAAUAGGCUUAAAAUAGGCUUAAUUAUGAUUAACUGGUGGCUACGAGAUUAACUGCAUUAGCACUGAAACCAAAUGAGCCAACUUCAAAGGCCAAACAUGUCUUACCUGAUAGACUAUAUGGGCUAACUUGAAAGAAUUCCUCCAUGACAGUAAUAAGUUACAGCCAGGACACAUGGAUAUGUUUGAUAUUCUGUGUGGCUUAUUUACACACUGACAGUACAGUUCAGGUAACGGUCAGAAUAUUGGGGCAGCUGUGUUGUAAACUUGCUGAGAUCCAACGUGAGCCGAGUUUUUCAGCGCCAGUGUGUCAGUAGAAGCAACUUCAGCCUCCGUUUCAUGUUUGGAUAACUUUCUCUUUCCAGAGUGUUUGGUCUCAUUGGCGUAUGAGGGCUAUAACUGUUUGUCUGUCUGUCAGUCUGUCUCUCUGUCUGCCCCGUGUUCGUCACUUUGUGUUUUUCUCCGUCAGCACAUACUGUAUUCUCUGUUCAUAAACACUGCAUAUCCUUUCUCUGAGGAAUUAUUAUAUGUGUAAAAAAAUGAAUUUUUGAAUUAAUAUACAGAAUAGCGCCUUUACAUUUUUUGAAACUAUUAAACUUGAAUUAUCAGACA